GUUCAACCAGCCAACAUUAGAAGAGCACAGAAAUCUGAUCAAUAAAAUGUUUCCAUAUGAAAUAACGCAUCUAGAUGAGGAAUUGAAUGCAGAAUUAAUGAAAGAUUUCAAAGGUGAGAGGAAUGGUUAUGUGCAAGUUGGCCCAAAAAAAUGGUUUUUCCCCGCAGCAUAUGCUGAACAUGCUGACAAUUUUUAUAACUUUCCGGUCAAGGAGGACGAUGUAUGGGUGAUUACAUACCCACGCUCAGGAACAACUCUGACUCAAGAACUGGUAUGGCUCAUUGCAAAUAACUUAGAUUAUGAAACUGCUGGAAAUGUCCCUAUGGAUGAAAGAUUCCCUUUCCUUGAGUAUAUAAUAUUUCAUGAUGAGAGAUUUCAUGCAGAAGUUCGUGAAAUAAAUAACAAUCAUCCUGAAGUAGAAAGAAAACUGGCCCUUUGGAGAAAGCCAGUCUACGAUUGGGACAUACCAUCCCCGAGAUUGUUCAAAACACAUCUACCAUUAUCUCUUUUACCUCCAGAUCUUCCGAACAAAUGCAAAGUAAUAUAUGUGGCAAGGAACCCAAAGGACGUGGCAGUCUCAUAUUAUCAUCACAACAGGCUUUUGAAGUUUUUUGACUACCAAGGGGACUUUGAAAAAUAUUGGCACUAUUUUCAAAAUGAUUUAUUGACGUAUUCUCCAUUUUGGGAACACAUAAAGGAAGGAUGGGAAGUAAAAAAUAAAGAGAAUGUUCUAUUCUUAUUUUAUGAGGAACUCAGUAAAAAUAUGCCAGACUGUAUCAGAAAGGUUUCAAACUUUCUUGGGAAAACAUUAAAUGACGAAGAGAUUAACAGACUGAACAAUCAUUUAAGGAUAGACAAUUUCCGAGGAGCUGUCAGAUUGCCUCAUGAUGUAAAAGGACUUAAAAAUACAAGAGAACAAGGAUUUAUCAGAAAAGGUAAAGUUGGGAGUAAUGAAGAGUACACAGGAAUACUCAAAGAGAGAGCCUCUGAAUGGAUUAAAGAGCAUUCAACAAUUCUGCCAUCCAAUUUCUCACUGAUUCAAGUUUAGAAUGAUUUUAGUUUUUUUAAAAGAUAGUUUUAGGUGUUUUGUAUUGUAACACCAAUACUGAUUGUUAUCAUUAAUCACAUGACUUUAUUCAAAGCUAUUGUUAUAUGAUUUUAGAAGAAAUGU